CAAAUCAGUCAAAAAUCUGGUGUUGAUAACAAUUCAGAUAAUGAUUAUUUGCCUUCAACUUCAAAGCCUUUAAAGAAUAAGGUAUCAAAAGAAGGAAAUCAAUCAAGCCCGAGGCUGCUUAGCAGAUUGACAGCUCAGAUGAAAAAGCCACAUCGCCGUAAAACUUCACCUCUCAGCUGGUUUCCACGCAAAAAAGGGGAUUCCUACCUUACAAGAAAAUUGAAGUUGCUUCAGGAAGUGGAUGGCAUGAACUCAACACUAGACGAGACACUUGGUGACACAAAUCCCCAUUUCUCAAAAGUUUUAAAAGAAAAAAUGGCUGUCAGGGAAGCUGCUCACAGGGCAAUCGAGGCUCGAAGGGCUGCACUGGUUGAAGCAUCCUGGUGUCGAAUUCUUCGUGCAGCUAGGAUUGAAAGUAAAGAAGCCGAAGAUCUUUUGGUGAAAGCAGAAAAAACUGCCACUGAAGCUUUUGAAUCUGCCAAUGAAAUUGGAGUAAUCAUGUAUGACAUCCAAGAUUUACCUAGAAAACAUUGUAAGAUUGAAACAUCUGCUGUAAAUGGAGGAGAAUCAACUACACAUAAGGUUACAACGUCGUUUGAUACAGCAUUUGAGGUGGAUAAACAGGUAGCUUCUGCUGUGAAAGCUGCAUUCGUCAGGCUCUCAACCUGUGCAUCCAUAGGCAAACAAGAGUUCAAAGAAAUCUUGAAAAAAAUCAGUGAGAAUCCUGAUUUAGAUGAACACUGUCAAGAUCUAUAUGACUCCGCUCCAGAAUAUGAUUCAGAUGUUGCACCUGAAUUUGAAUCAGAUUCCCACAAAAGUGUGAUGGAAUUGUCCAAGGAGAAACAAAGGGAAAACCUUGUUGAUAUGAUGUUUCAAAGGCUGAAGUGUUUGCAGGAAGAAGAACUUGCAUCUCUCGCCACCAUAGUUGCAACAUGUGGUUUGAAUGCUGCUCUAGCAAAAGCCGAAAAUGGCAUCAAUGAUGGGAAGGUUUCUUGCAAAGAAGAGCUUCCAGGACUUGACAAGUUUCUGGUCAAACGGAUGACCAGACUUGAAAAGGAGAUACAAGAUGCAAGGAAUGCUAGAACUAAAGAGACAUCUGAUAAAGAUAAGAAGAUUUCAAAAGAGCCAGAGGCUUCAGUUACUGACUUGGGAAGUAUGCUAACCAAGCGCACUUCAAAACUCGAGAAAGAAAUAGAAGAGAGCAAAAGAAAGUUUGGGAAUGAAUAUGAGCCAAAGGGUAAGAAAUCUGAAAGAUUGAAAAACGAAAUGAAAGAUGUACCGAGCCUCGAUCAGGUUUUGGUGAAACGUGUGUCACGUCUUGAACGAGAGGUACAAGAAGCAAAAAAGCAAAAAGAAAAUGUCGACACGAAUAAAGAAAGGAGUAAAGAAAAUGAACUAAAUGCUGAUAACCGUGCUGAAGGAUUGGAUAGUAUUUUGGUAAAGCAUGUUUCAAAACUUGAGAAAGAGAAAAUGGCAUUUAGGGACACGAAUGAGGAUGUAAAAGUGAAAAGAAAAGACAGAAAGUCGGAUUUGGAGCAUGGUGAAGGUAGUUUGGACCAAAUUCUAGUAAAGCAUAAAUCAAGACUCGAGAGAGAAAAGGUGGCUGUUGCUGUGGAACAACCUGUUAAUGAGAUGAAAAACCCAUUGGUGGCAAAGCGAGAAGCAAGGGAGAGAGAGUUGCAAGAAGCGUGGGGUGGUGUGAGUUUCGGGAACUCCGUGCGCCCACAUGUCUCUAGACUUCAAAAAGACAAGGCUGCAUGGCUUAAAGCCGAAGAAGAGGAAAGGAAAGUGGCCAAGCAAGGAAGGGCGGCUUAAAAGGUCAAACCAUUCAGCCAUCAGAUGAUAAAAAGAAACAUUUCUUUUGCUUUUAUCUUUCAUUUUGUAAAGUCUUAACGUACCUUCGUCAUCUUUUAUAUGUUCAGUUUCUCUAAACUUGAUUGUCAAUGAAUACGAUUCUGGCAUUAUUUGUAGAGUUAUCAAACUAUCAAUGAACCUUUGGCUUAGUCA